AUGGAGGCGCCGCGGCCGCUCAACGACUCGCUGCUGUGGCGGCUCGGCUCGGGCAACGGCAGCUCCUGGAACGGGACCGGAGGCGGCGGAUGCGGCCCCUCGCGUACACCCCGCGGCGGCUCCGGAGAGCUAGAUGUCACGGUGCGGGUCCUGCUCUACUCAGCGAUUUUCCUCCUGAGUGUUUUCGGCAACACGCUCAUCAUUGUGGUCCUGGUGAUGAACAAGCGCCUGCGCACCGUCACCAACUCCUUCCUGCUCUCGCUGGCGCUCAGCGACCUCAUGGUGGCCGUCUUCUGCAUGCCCUUCACCUUCAUCCCCAACCUGAUGCACAAUUUCAUCUUCGGGAAGCUCAUCUGCAAGGCCAUGACCUACCUCAUGGGGAUGUCCGUGAGCGUCUCCACCUUCAGCCUGGUGGCCAUUGCCAUUGAGCGCUACAACGCCAUCUGCAACCCGCUCCAGUCCCGCGUGUGGCAGACGCGCUCCCACGCCUACCGGGUCAUUGCUGCCACCUGGCUGCUCUCUGCGCUCCUCAUGCUGCCUUACCCGGUCUACAGCACCACCAACAGCCGGCCCUCCUGCCCGGGCAUCUCCCAGUGCAGCCCCAGCUGGCCUGGGCGCCACAUUGAGCAGGCCUGGUACGUGCUGCUGAUCUCCACCCUCUUCUUCAUCCCCGGGCUUGUGAUGAUAAUUGCUUAUGGACUGAUCUCCCGUGAGCUCUACCGGGGCAUCCAGUUUGAGAUGGAUCUCACCCGUCAGGCCAAAGCUCAGCAGAACGGGGGCGCCGAGCCCUUGCCUGCUCGCGAAGAGGGGGACGGCUGCUACGUCCAAGUGCCGCGGCCUGCAGGGGGCGCUGUGGAGCUGUCUGUCCUGGUGCCAGAGGACAGCGCCAAGCAGGAGCGGGCCCGCAUUAACAGCUCCGAGGCCAAGCUGGUGGCCAAGAAGCGCGUCAUCCGCAUGCUGGUGGUGAUUGUGGUCGUGUUCUUCAUGUGCUGCCUGCCCAUCAACGUGGCCAACACGUGGCGCGCCUUUGACCCCCUGGCCGCCAAGCGCACCCUCUCCGGGGCGCCCAUCUCCUUCAUCCACCUGCUCCUGUACACCUCUGCCUGCGUCAACCCCUUCAUCUACUGUUUCAUGAACAAGCGUUUCCGCAAGGCCUUUGCCGCCACCUUCUCGUGCUGCGUCACGCCCUGCCGGCGGCACCGCCCCCGCCCCCCAGAGGAGGAGGUCACUGCUACGGGGGCCUCCCUGUCCAAAUUCAGCUACACCACUGUCAGCAGCAUUGGGGGGCCCUGACCCACUGCCCCACUCCACAGGACUGUUUCCUGUGUGCUCCCAACUCUGGUACCCUUGGGGACACUCUGCCUCUGCCUCCCAGCCCAGCUUCUCUGCCCUCUCCUUGACUUCCUGCCGGAAAGGGAUAUUUCUCAUCAUGAUCCAAAGGGACUGGGAGUGAGCCGCCGCCCUGGGAUGGCCAGAAGGGGGGGGUGAGGAGGAGGCGGGCUCUGACAUGGCGCACCCCCACUCCCACUAGACAGGGGCACGAAAGGAGCUCGCUUAAGCUGGUGGUCUUUCCCAGCAUUGCUGCCCAAGGAGGAGGAGUGCCUGAGUUCUGCAGAGACUCUACUGCCUUCAGAGCCCCCCCAGCUCCUCCUCUUCCCCUACCACCAUAGAAACAGUCCUUCCUUGAACCCCCACCACCCCCAUCCAGAUGGCACUGGCAAUCUCUCUUGCCACCCACAGCCAUGUCGUUCCCUGCCUCCAAUGCUGCUGACAGACCCCAUCUCCUUAGACUGCUCUGGACAAAAGCCUUCUUAAAGGAGGCUUCCAUAAGGUAUGGUGGGGGGGCGCGGGCAGCGGGAGGCACAUGUACAGCACCGUUCAGCUGGGGUGGAGCCAGCUGAGCCGGGAGCUCACGAGGUGGGCCUCACUCAGCCCCUCGCUCUGCCUGGGUCUGCAAUUUGGAGAUGACAGGGUGGUCCUGCCUUGCAGGGCUGUUGCAAACACACCAGAGGCAAUGUGUAGGGAGCACUCAGCAUUUAUACAGUGGUUUGCCUCCGCAGUAGUAGCAUCACCUUACGCGCAUAAGAAGAGCCAUGUUGGAUCAGACGAAGGCCCCUCUAGUUCAGCACUCUUUUCACACAAUGUUGCAGUGUGUGAUGUCUGAACCCAGACUAAUGGGAUGUUUAGAGACUUAGGCCAUAGCUAGACCUCAGGUUCAUCCCUGGAUCGUCCAGGGGUCAAACCUGUUCAUCUAGAUGACACACAGGGGAUCCAGUGCUCAGGCAGGGGCGGUCCCUGGAUGAUCCCAGGAUAAACCUUAGGUCUAGCUAUGGCCUUAGUUUGUUGUUGGGUUAACUGCUGGGUUGUUUAGCCAGCCCCUAAACAACCCAUCGGUUUGGGUUUGGACAUAGAAUCAUAGAAUAGCAGAGUUGGAAGGGGGCUACCAGGCCAUCGAGUCCAGCCCCCUGCUCAGUGCAGGAAUCCACCCUAAAGCAUCCCUGACAGGUGGUUGUCCAGCUGCCUCUUGAAGGCCUCUAGUGUGGGAGAGCCCACAACCUCACCAGGCAGCUCAUUCCAUUGUCGUACUGCUCUAACAGUCAGGAAGUUUUUCCUGAUGUCCAGCCGGAAUCUGGCUUCCUUUAACUUGAGCCCAUUAUUCCGUGUCCUGCACUCUGGGAGGAUCGAGAAGAGAUCCUGGCCCUCCUCUGUGUGACAACCUUUUAAAUAUUUGAAGAGUGCUAUCAUGUCUCCCCUCAAUCUUCUCUUCUCCAGGCUAAACAUGCCCAGUUCUUUCAGUCUCUCCCACAACCUAUGAAGGAGCUGAUCAUGAGUUAUGGAUUAAAAAGUGGAAGUGUCUGGCGCCGUGAUGUAUGGACAGCCUCACUCUCAAAGAACUCUAAAAUGUUAGUGAGACUUGGCUUACUUUAUCUUUGCAUUGAUUCUUUUUCAGCAGAAUCAAUUUUCCUUCUGUGUUCUUGAUCAUUACCUUUACUAACCCUUUCCACCAAUGUACCUGGAACAGAUGUUAAGCUAACCAACCUAUAAUUCCUUCAAUCCCUUUUUAAAAUUUGGUGUUGCAUUGGCCAUUCCCCAGUCCUCUGGUACACAGGCCGAUCUUAGAGACAUGUUGCAUUUUUCUGUUAGAAUAUUAACUAUUUUAUAUUUCAGUUCUUAAAGAACCUUCAAGUGGAUAGCAUUCGGACUUGGUGACUUUUUAGCUUUCUAGAACAUCAUCUCUUGUCGGCUUAGGUAUUUUAGACUCCCUUUCUGAAAAUAUAAAUUUAUUUAUUUAUUUAUUUAUUUAUUACAUUUCUAUACCGCCGAAUAACCGGAACUCUCUGGGCAGUUCACAAAAUUUAAAACCACAAAGUACAGCAUAAAAACAGUAUAAAUUAUAGAAGCUAUAAAAAUACAACCAGAAUAAAUCCUAGCAGCAGUGCAGAGAUUUAAACUACCGUAACAGAUUUAAAACACCAAAGCUAAAAGUCUUUAACGUUAAAAUGCCGGGGAAAUUAAAUGUUCUUUUCCUGGUGCCGGAAAGAGCGUUGGGCAUCUGCCCAACAGCGAAGGCAAAGAAUCCACCCGGCUUCUCUACGUUCCGUCCUCCUUGUGCACACCGUAAACUCCCUUAUCUUUAGCCAGUUCCGUGUGUCUGUUACCUUUAAAGAAUUGUGUAUUAGCAGCCUUUGCUGUUCUUAGCAUUGUGCUCCUCAAAAUGCUUGUCUGCAUCUCUUAGUGUCUGCUUGCAAUUCUUUUGUGCAAGUUUGUGUUCCUCUUUGUUCUCAUCUGGACAGCAAAAUGUCCUUUUCUGUAGGAAACCUUCUUUUCUCUUUUGGCUUUGCUGACACUACUCAUCAACCAUGCUGGUAAACUCUUGGACUUGACGUGACUGUGCUGGACUUCCUGGGCAAUUUCCAUUUAUUUGCUGCAUUUAUAUCCUACCAUUUAGCCAAAAAGGCUCCCAGGGUGACUUAUAAACUAGCGUGAAUGUCCCUUUGCUCAGGCUUACAGUCUAAAGUUAAGACGUGGCACGCGUCUGUUGUCUGACCAGUGCCUGUUCAGACAACACACUACGCCAUGGUUAGGCCACUAACCCUUUUACAGCAAAUGAUUAGUGAGCAUGUAACCAUGGUUAUGUAGCCACCGUGGUAAGGAAUGGUUCACACCAAAUGCUAAGUCAUGGAUCACAUGACGCGUUAAGCCAUCCUGUUUAGCUCAAAAUGCUUAACCGUGGUAGCUUAGCAUGUUGUGUGGACAGGGUUGCUGGGACUAAGGAAUGUGGAGCGAGGUUCCCAAGGCCUAUUCAAAGACAUGGUGGUAGUGGGUUAGGGUGGCCUCUGUGAGGAGAGGGGGGCCCAGUCCCCGCUCCAAGGAGCAGGGUGACGGUGGCAUUUCACCUGGCUAGCUUGUCCUUUCUUUGGCUCUCCCAGUUCUAAAUUCCCCUGGACAUGCUCCAGUCAGUAAAUGCACUUCAGAAGAUUACCUUUCAGUACAGGAUCUGUACAGGAGACCUUCUGAAGUAAAGCCAUGAUAGUCUAGUGGACUAGAGGGCAUCAAAUUCCUCAGUGAUUCACCCCAAGAGAGAGAGCCCAUGUGGAUCCAUGAGAGGGGAAACACACCCACCCCAAAAUCUACAGCUGGGCAAUGCCUUUUAUUAGGACCAACCAAAAUGCCACAAGUUUGCAAGCUUUUGAGUUCGCCAGAACACUUCAUCAGCCUAGGUGGUACAAAAAGUAGGGGAAGAAACCGAAAAAUCCACACACAACAAAUGUCCCGUCUGCAGUUUAGACCCCCCCCAGACCCCAAGAUUUGGGGUUUAGUCCAGGUUUGCCUCCCCUGUGGUCAGUUCCACGACCAACGCUUCUAGGGCACCGUCAUUUAGGGCAUUUUAAUUUUUUAACUCUUUGCCUUGAAUGGAAUGAACAUUUCUGCAGUGAAUGUGGUGGCAAUUGAAGUUGCCCAUUGCUAGAUCACUUUCUCCUUUAGAUGCCUCCCCAAUUUCAGUCUCCAUCUCAAGAGCAUUUUGGCCAGAGCGACCUUGGUAUGCCCACAAUACAAAAUCACUUCUGGAGCCCGGUGUUGUCACCCACGGCGCUUCUGUGGAGGAAUCUGCCCCCUUUUAGUUUUUCUAGUCUGCUUGACACUGCUUGACCCUUCGACGUACAGCGCAACACCUCCCCCAGUACCCCCAUUCCCUGUCCUUCCUAUGCAGUUCAGAUCCAGAGAUGUAUCCCACUGGUUCUCUCCGUUCCACCGGGCUUCUGUAAUGCCCACAGUGUCCAGGUUCUCCUUUAAAGCCAGGCCCUCCCAAGUCUCUAAUUUUGGCUCAGAGGCUUCUAGCAUUAGCAUAGAAACAUCUGUGCAUGGUGUCCCUCCCCAGAUGUGUCUGGUGUGUGCACCUACAGUCCUCCUUGAUUGGCUAUCAUGUUCCACUAUCCACUCAUGACUUUUCCCUCCCCUUCUUCAUUUGGCCAAUUGGUAACACUUUCUGUUUCAUCCCCUAGGGGUGAUGAUUUAACUCAAACCGGAUGCUUCCCAGCUCCUGUAGGAUUUCCCCCAGAGUUUAGCCACCAUUUCUAGGUUUAGCACCAGCAGUGUGGUUCCAUUUUGAUCCAAGGGGAACCUGUCCCUCUUCAGGCCCGGCUUGUCCCUAAAUAUUCCCCAGUGCCUAACAAAUCUGAACCCCUCCUCCCCGCACUGCCGUCUCACCCACACACUGAGAUUCCUCAGCUUCACCUGUCUAGCUAGCCUUGUGCAUGGAACAGGUACCAUUUCAGAGGAAGCCGCCUUGGAAGUCCUGGAUUUCAACCUCCUGCCUAGCAACCUAAAUUUGUCUUCCAGGACCCUACGACUACAUUUCCCCACGUAGUUGGUACCAACACGGACUAUGACCACUGACUCCACCCCCAGCACUACUUACAAAGCCAGCUAGAUGGCACAUGAUAUCCAUAACAUUUGCACCCAUCACAAGCCCAUUGCAAACCCAGCUGCCUAUGUGUCUAUUGAUCAGAUCUCCCACUACCACAAGCUGCCCACCCUCAGGGGCACAUUCUCAGCAUGAGCAGAGAGGUUGGUUCAUCUUCUGAGGAACACGUCCUCCUUCCUUGAGACCUCCCCCCAUUCUCCGUGGCCACUGAGGAGCAGUCUGCCACGGGUUGGGGCACCACUAUAAGGUCUCCGAGGACCUUGCCCACCAACCUCUCACCGCUGUUCCAGUUCAAGGGAAAUUUCGCCUUGAGGGGGGAGGCCUUUAUUCAAUAAUAAAGGGGGGGGCUUUAUUCAAUCCUAGGGGAUUGAAUCCCAGUUCUCUGUCCUAUGGAAGCAGUCUCCCUUCUGGCUUGUGCCUUCCUCCACCCCCGCCAGCCCCGAGGACUGUGGCGUUGGUCUCCCUGGGAGUCUGCAUUUUCAUCAGCGGAAAGCCCCUGCCCAGUACAGCUCCUGCUUCUCUGUUUGUGCCAGGUUUGGCGUGUGUGUGUGUGGGGGGGGCUUUUUCAUGGCUCGUGUCUGUCAAAUAAAAUCCUCAGAACUGAGCUGCCUUCCGCUGCCGCCUCUUUCAUACGUGGGGUGGGGGGAACAGGUUGUUCUCAAUUCCUGAUGUGGGGAAACCAGAUACUUCCCCCCCCCUCUGCUGCCGCCCCUAACUCUCCUCCCCACCUUCUGCUUCAGCCCCUCUGCAUGGUUUCAGGACAACAACUGCUCUUAAAUUAUUCAUCCUGGGGCGAAGCGCCGCGUCUCCUCGGAACAACAAGAGAAGACGAUGGGAGAGGAGUGGUGCAGAAGGGGCCCUAGCAGAGCUUUGGGCAGCUCCCGCGCACAUGCCGCCCACCCCCAGAGCCCAGAGCAGGUGGCAGCGGAGCCGCUUAGGAACAGCAGGCCUCCUUGCAAGGAGCAGCCGAAUACCCCGAUGCCUCUGGCUGCAUGCUGCAUGCUGCCCACCCCCCACUCCACCAAAACUCUCCUCAACGGGGAGGUCAUAAAGGA